GUUGCCUCCCUUUAAUUACUCUCGCGUACUGGUGGCUGACAAAUCAUCAAAUGAUGCAGAGAAGAUUUGUAUUUUUUUGGUAAAUUCCUCAACGAUGACAACAAAAGCGCCAUUUGAGAGUUCCUGAAUACUAAAAGCCGGGACAUUUGGAACUUCAAGCAGACCUUCUAAAUUUUUCUUCAUGAGAUGAUCAUUUCCCACAAUGUCUGACCCAGCAUCUGGAGAUCAUAGCUCACCUCUACCUGUACCUAAGGGUAGUUACACAUUUAACUUUGAAGACUUUGAUGAAGGUUCAAAUCCUUUUCAAUCCAAAACCAAACUUGGACAAUCCCCUCCUGUUAAUGACCCAUUUAAGCCUCGUAAGAAGAUUGCAAACUCUCCACCUCGAUCAGAUGGAUUUGAUGGUAAUGAGGAAGAAAUCAAUCCCUUUAAGUCCAAAUCAACGAUGGCUCGUUCACCUCCUCGAUCUCCUGUGUUUGAGAACAAUAAUGAUGUGAAGAUAGCAGAUGAUAUGCUACUGAACGUGGAGAAAGCUAACCUUGAUGCUAACGUGUCGAACGGUUCCCUGGAGGAUGAAUGGUGUGAUGCUGAAGAAGGCAGUGUGGAACAGGAAGAUAGUUCCGAAAUGUUGGACACGAUUCCAAAAAGUGCAUCCAUUGAUCCCCUUAGCACUUCAGGGGAGUUUGUGAGUGCAUGUGAUGACCCACUGAAUCUCCUUGUCCACACUGAGGAAGGGCUCGGCAGCCCAGGUGAGGAAGAUAUACCUACUGGGGAUGAACCAGCUGGUGCUUCAGACAUGUUAGGUCAAGAUGUUCCUGAACAGGAGCCAGAGUCUGUUGAAGGAGCUGCAGAUGUAGCUCCUGUAGAUUUGGAUCCACCUGCAGAUGUAAUGAUCCCGCCCAAGAAAGUGUUUGAUGAUGCAACAGAAGUACCAGAUGAGGAAGUCAGUCCUGAAGAACCACCACAGACAACAGCCAAUACUGAUGAACCUGACACAGGUGUCCAAUCUCAGUCUUCUGCAAAUCCUGAAGAAGCUGUUGCUGCAUCUUGUCCUCAGGAACUUGCCAAUACUGAUGAGGAUGUUGUGCCCCAGUCUCUGAUGCCUGCAGGUACUGAUGAGCCUGUUGCUGUUUCACCAUCUCAGUCGCCUGCCAGCCCUGAUGACCAGGAUGCUGUUCCCCUAUCUCCGAUGCAGUCAUUUAUUGGAGAGAAAGAAGAUGCAGUUUUAGAUCAGGCACCUGUUGAGAAAAGUUCAGAAACAUCUGUGGUGAAUGACCCUGAACAGGAGGAAGAGGCAGGACUAGCAGACAGUGAAGGGGUUGAGGAGAAGACCGAGAAGAAGAAAAAAGUGAAGAAGAAGGAGAAAGGGAAGAAACUGGAGGAAGUAAAGGCGGAUGUGGAGGGGCAUCGAGAUGCGAGUGCAGAGAAGGAGAGGAGUCAGUCGGAAGUGAAGGAGGAGGAUGAGUCGACCGCCUCCACUAUCCCGACAGAGGCACCUCCCCAGGACAGCUCCACCACCUCACACGAGUCCUCCUCCCCCUCCUCAUCCCCCAAGAAAAAGCCAGGAGUGAAGAAGACAUUGAAAAAGCCGAAAUCAAGACUGAAGCCACCUCAAAACUUUGGUGUUCAGAAUACCGGAGACGAUGUUGAGAUCUUUGCUCCAGCAAUGAAAGCAGCUUACACUACUGAACCAGCGACUGACUCACCUUCUGAUCCACCGCCAGCCAAUCAGCUGCCUGUAGAGGAGGAUCUGCAGUCACAUGACAAAGAAGUAGCCAAACAGCUGCCUGUUGUGCAGGGUCUGAAGUCACAUGACAAAGAAGCAGCCAAUCAGAUGGCUGAUAGCCUGGAGAUGGUCCAUGACUUUGGUGCAGGGGAAGAUGGGGAGAUGCCGGAGUGUGACAAUGAAGGCUUUGUUCCUGCAUCUGAUGUGUUUAGUGACAAGGCAACCUGGGAAAUGCUGGAUAAGUUUGGCGGAGAUGCGUGUAAAGAGUCGGAUCUGGGCCGUGAGUCUCUGUUUGUCAAGUUUGAUCCUCUUGUGCAGGGAGCUGCUGGGCCAGAGCAAGAGAAGUGUCGAGGGCCAGAAGGAGCGGAGGAGGAGUCGGCUGCAGGGAAUGAGGAUGAUCUUAUGUCCUUGAAUACUCCCCCUGCAUCAGGGAAGACUGGCAACAGACACGUGAAGAAACACCCCGCGGCCCGUGUGUUGGCGGAACAGUUGGACGGAGCGGCAGGGGAGACCACUCACACCAACAAUGUAGACAACAUCCUCAAGUGUAGUCCGGGGAAGUUUGGUUUUGGAACGAGAGUGCCCGAGCUUCAGUUCCACGAUGCAUCCUCACUCCCCGUUGCCAUGGGUGACUCAUGGGUGGAGCAGAUCCACAACUACACAGAAAUAGAGGACUCAAACCCGGGACUGUCCCAAGAUUCUCUAGACGCCUUCCCAUGGUGCCACGCUGAUGAAGCAGAUGCAGGCGAUUUGCUGCCUCACAGCGGGGACACACAAAUGAAUCUAGAUAAUGAUAGUGACAGCGGGUUAGCGGACAUGAACCAGUCCAUGGGGGACUCCACCAAGGAGGCCGUGGUCCAGCUGGUGCAGGGCAAAACUGAGAGUGUCCAGGUGCUGAAGUACUCGCAGACCGACUGGAACAAGAUGAAGCAGGACCUGGAGUUGAGUUUCCAGGCCCAGCUGCUGCAGAAGGAGAAGGAGUGGAGCAAGAAGCUGGGCGACCGAGAAAAGAAGAUGGGCUACGUCGAGGAGAAUAACCGUGGACUCAAGCAGACCAAUGAGGAGAUGAAAGCAAUUGUUUCUGAAUUUGAAAAGACAAUUUCCCAACUGCAAGCGGAGAAGGAGAAGACGUGCAACGCGUCCCAGCAGUCGCUGCAGGACAUCGUUCGGGAGAAGGAGCAGGUGCUUGAUGACCUUCACUCCGUGGAGACGGCCUUCUCCAACCUGCAUCAGCGCUACGAGAAGACGAAAGGGGUUGUGGAGGGAUUCAAACAGAAUGAAGAGGUUUUGAAAAAGUGUGUGUCAGAUUAUCAAGCGAAGUUGAAAAAGUCAGAACAAAAGUUACAGUUGUUAAAACAGCAAGCUGAAGAGAAGUUGGACCAUGCUAACGUGGAGAUCGAGAAGGAAAGGAAAGGCCACAUGUCGGAGAUGGCGCGGCUACAGGCCGGUCUCAAGAAGGCCGAACUGCAGAUAUCAAGUCUGGAAAAGAGCUUAGAACAAAAGGUGAAGGAAAAUCAGGAAUUGACAGCAAUUUGUGAUGAGCUGAUAUCCAAAGUUGGUGUCGAGUAGCUGUGUCCAUGACGUCUCAGAGAGAGAUGUAAUCAAACCACAGGGUGCUGCUGUAUGGAGGAGGGCUGUCAUGUCACACAUAGAUCACACACUGUUGGAAGUACUUAAUCACUCAGUCAGUCAUAUAUAGUCUGGAAUCUACACCAAAGGAGUUCAUUAUCAUCCUCUUCAGCCAUAUCUACUUUGGACCUGCUCCAUGUGGAGGUGAAACAUUGUGUGGAGUGUGUCUACAUGGAGGUGUUGCAUGAGAAGACAGUGUGGACGUUUCAGACAUGUCCAGCCAAGAGUUUGUGUGUCACAUCAUAUGGUGUGUCUGGUUCUUCAGGAACAUCCCAGUAUGUAUCUGCUUUUCUACCCAAUAUGGCCUAGAGGCUUGGAUGUUCGAACAGAUACGUUGUGUAGAAUUUUAAACCAGAAUGGUUUGCCACUGAACAUCCCCCUAGUGGAGUCAUCAUUGCAUUUUAUGGAAAGUUCAUAAAAAUUAUAAGGCAAUUAUAUGAAUUACUGCUUACCCAGGAUGGGACAUAGAUGGGCAGCUAUGGACUUGCUUGCACUGUAGGAGAGAUGGUGGGUGAGAAGUGUGGCAGACAGACAAGUCUCACAUGGUGGGAUCAGCUAUUGUCUUGCUUGCACUGUAGGAGAGAUGCUUGGUGAGAAGUGUGGCAGACAGACAAGUCUCACAUGGUGGGAUCAGCUGUGGUCUUGCUUGUACUGUAGGAGUGGUGCUUGGUGAGAAGUGUGGCAGACAGACAAGUGUCACAUGGUGGGAUCAGCUAUUGUCUUGCUUGCACUGUAGGAGCGGUGCUUGGUGAGAAGUGUGGCAGACAGAAAACAAGUCUCACAUGGUGGGAUCAGUUAUGGUCUUGCUUGCACUGUAGGAGUGGUGCUUGGUGAGAAGUGUGGCAUGUUGGAAUCAUCUGUGGUGUUCUACUUCAUCGUUGACUUGAACAGUUGGGUAGCCUUGUGGUUAAAGUGUGCAUUCAUCAUGCUGAGUUUGAUUCCCAACAUGGGUCCUGGUGAUACUGCUGGACUAUUGCUAAAAGCUGUGUGAAUCCAUUCUCCCUCACAGAACCUGCCAUCACUGACUGGAUGUGUCUCCAAGUAGGAUUCUCCUGAAGUGUGUCUUGUACUCUGUCAUCACUGACUGGAUGUGUCUCCAAGUAGGAUUCUCCUGAGAUGUGUCUUGUACUCUGCCAUUACUGACUAGAUGUGUCUCCAAGUAGGAUUCUCCUGAGAUGUGUCUUGUACUCUGCCAUUACUGACUGGAUGUGUCUCCAAGUAGGAUUCUCCUGAGAUGUGUCUUGUACUCUGCCAUCACUGACUGGAUGUGUCUCCAAGUAGGAUUCUCCUGAGAUGUGUCUUGUACUCUGCCAUUACUGACUGGAUGUGUCUCCAAGUAGGAUUCUCCUGAGAUGUGUCUUGUACUCUGCCAUUACUGACUGGAUGUGUCUCCAAGUAGGAUUCUCCUGAGAUGUGUCUUGUACUCUGCCAUCACUGACUGGAUGUGUCUCCAAGUAGGAUUCUCCUGAGAUGUGUCUUGUACUCUGUCAUCACUGACUGGAUGUGUCUCCAAGUAGGAUUCUCCUGAGAUGUGUCUUGUACUCUGCCAUCACUGACUGGAUGUGUCUCCAAGUAGGAUUCUCCUGAGAUGUCUUGUACUCUGCCAUCACUGACUGGAUGUGUCUCCAAGUAGGAUUCUCCUGAGAUGUGUCUUGUACUCUGCCAUCACUGACUGGAUGUGUCUCCAAGUAGGAUUCUCCUGAGGUGUGUCUUGUACUCUGUCAUCACUGACUAGAUGUGUCUCCAAGUAGGAUUCUCCUGAGAUGUGUCUUGAACUCUGCCAUCACUGACUGGAUGUGUCUCCAAGUAGGAUUCUCCUGAGAUGUGUCUUGUACUCUGUCAUCACUGACUGGAUAUGUCUCCAAGUAGGAUUCUCCUGAGGUGUGUCUUGUACUCUGCCAUCACUGACUGGAUGUGUCUCCAAGAAGGAUUCUCCUGAGAUGUGUCUUGUACUCUGCCAUCACUGACUGGAUAUGUCUCCAAGUAGGAUUCUCCUGAGGUGUGUCUUGUACUCUGUCAUCACUGACUGGAUGUAUCUCCAAGUAGGAUUCUCCUGAGAUGUGUCUUGUACUCUGCCAUCACUGACUGGAUGUGUCUCCAAGUAUGUUUCUCCUGAGAUGUAUCUUGUACUCUGUCAUCACUGACUGGAUAUGUCUCCAAGCAUAUUUCUCCUGAGGUGUGUCUUGUGACUGGCCAGUUGAUAAUGCUGAAAUGAUCUUGGUGUGGAAGACUCUGUGUGGAUCAUAUCAAGGAAUUAAUGGUUGAGUCUCUCUCCUUGGUCCAACUCUGACAUCAACACAAGCAGCAGCUUCAGGACUCCCAGUCUUGUCAUCAUUAGUUGGUCUGUGUGUGAGGGACUCAGAAUCCUGGGUGGAUAAUGCCCUUGUGAUGUGACUUGGAAUGACCAUUUUCACCAUGUACAUGUGACCGUAACUUCUAGGUUUCCUCAAGUGUGUGUUCCUUUGGUUUGAUUACUUGUGGAAAUUUUCAGGAUCGGUUGACAAUGUGUGUAUUCCUCUCAAGAGUAACAGUGUUGGACUUAAUCAGGGAGUUAGGGAGUGGAGAUGCUCCUGAGGACCACAGUUUCUAUCACAACGGUGUCAUGUGAGCCCGUUAUGUUCAAUGAGUGUCUGUUCCAUCAACCAAGUUGUAUCAUGUAUCAUAUACCAUGUACCUGUGUACCAUAGGAAUGGAUGUGGGUUGUAUCGGGCUCCAUCAGACACUGGAGCCAGUAUCAUAACAAGGUUGUACCAUGUGUAGCGUGUACACUUGAUCAUAAUUACCAUAUGUCAUGUAACAAGUUGAUUGGCAGACACUGGUGCCAGCACUUUCGCAAGGUUGUAUCAUGUGGAAUGAAUGUAUGCAUUGUGAGUUAGCAACAGACAUAGGGACCAUGACAAGCUUGUUCCAGUGUACCAUGUGAAGUAUAUGGUACAAGCAAUGAGACGGCUUCACAUCAGCUUGAUAGAGUUUGUUGCAGCAGGGGGGUCAAUAUACAUCCACUGGGUGGUCAAGACACCUUGAUGCAUGGCAUUGCUCUGUAUGUAUAUACAGAUCUCAAGACACCUACAUGUGUUGCAUUGCUCCUUAUAGAGGUUAUCAAGAUGCCUGGAUGGGUGGCAUUGCUCCUUAUAGAGGUUAUCAAGACACCUACAUGUGUUGCAUUGCUCCUUAUAGAGGUUAUUAAGAUGCCUGGAUGGGUGGCAUUGCUCCUUAAAGAGGUUAUCAAGACACCUACAUGUGUUGCAUUGCUCCUUACAUAGGUUAUCAAGAUGCCUGGAUGGGUGGCAUUGCUCCUUAUAGAGGUUAUCAAGACACCUACAUGUGUUGCAUUUUGGGUGGCAUUGCUCCUUAUAGAGGUUAUCAAGAUACCUACAUGUGUGGCAUUGCUCCUUAAAGAGGUUAUCAAGACACCUACAUGUGUUGCAUUGCUCCUUACAUAGGUUAUCAAGAUGCCUGGAUGGGUGGCAUUGCUCCUUAUAGAGGUUAUCAAGACACCUACAUGUGUUGCAUUUUGGGUGGCAUUGCUCCUUAUAGAGGUUAUCAAGAUACCUACAUGUGUGGCAUUGCUCCUUAAAGAGGUUAUCAAGACACCUACAUGUACGGCAUUGCUACUUAUAGAGGUUUUCAAGAUGCCUGGAUGUGUUGCAUUGCUCCUUAUAGAGGUUAUCAAUAUACCUACAUGUGUUGCAUUGCUCCUUAUAGAGGUUGUCAAGAUGCCUGGAUGGGUGGCAUUGCUCCUUAUAGAGGUUAUCAAGAUGUGUUGCAUUGCUCCUUAUAGAGGUUAUCAAGAUACCUACAUGUGUUGCAUUGCUCCUUAUAGAGGUUAUCAAGAUGCCUGGAUGUGUUGCAUUGCUCCUUAUAGAGGUUAUCAAGAUACCUACAUGUGUGGCAUUGCUUCUUAUAGAGGUUAUCAAGAUGCCUGGAUGUGUGGCAUUGCUUCUUAUAGAGGUUAUCAAGAUGCCUGGAUGUGUGGCAUUGCUCCUUAUAGAGGUUAUCAAGAUGUGUUGCAUUGCUCCUUAUAGAGGUUAUCAAGACACCUACAUGUGUGGCAUUGCUCCUUAUAGAGGUUAUCAAGACACCUACAUGUGUUGCAUUGCUCCUUAUAGAGGUUAUCAAGACACCUACAUGUGUGGCAUUGCUCCUUUUAGAGGUUAUCAAGAUACCUACAUGUGUGGCAUUGCUCCUUAUAGAGGUUGUCAAGAUGCCUGGAUGGGUGGCAUUGGUACUUAUAGAGGUUAUCAAGACACCUGGAUGUGUGGCAUUGCUUCUUAUAGAGGUUAUCAAGACACCUACAUGUGUGGCAUUGCUCCUUAUAGAGGUUAUCAAGACACCUGGAUCAGUGACAUUGCUCCUUAUAGAGGUUAUCAAGAUGCCUGGAUUAGUGGCAUUGCUCCUUAUAGAGGUUAUCAAGAUGCCUGGAUGAGUGGCAUUGCUCCUUAUAGAGGUUGUCAAGACACUUGGAUGAUUGGCAUUGCUGUGAUCAGUCCUCGGAAGUGAACUUUUACAAUGCUACUGUUUCUUGUUGUGAACCUUCUGGCAGAUAUUAAUCAUGAGAAACGAAGUGUGUCAGAAACUUGUCAUGAGGCAGUAGAUCGUUCGAGCCCUACCAUCAUAUAUUUAUGCAAUAAGCUAACACUGUCUGAGUCAUCACAGAGAUGGUCAACUAUACUGUCUUGUAUACCACCGUGUCUAGUAUCGAAGGGUCCGACCCGGAUGGAUGAUACUACCUACAGCACGACUAACUUACAGAUGGAUCUCUUAUUCAUGAAGUACUUCAAACCAGUGGAUGAGCUUUUGUCUUCAUUAACUGUUGUACACCAGACGACUGUACCAUUACCUCAGGUGUGCUGUCCAGCCUUCUGUCUACUGUGCAAUGUACAUACUCUGUAUACAGGCUUGCUUGUGUGUGAUAUGGUCACUCUGUAUACAGGCUUGGUGGUGUGUGAUAUAGUCAAAUCUUAAACAAAGUCUUAAUUAUAUAUUUCCAUCAAGGUAGUCAGUUAUGCUUCAUUUUCUAUAAUCAAUACAAUACUUCUGAAUCUAUACUUAAAACUUGUUGCAGUUUACAUGAUUGAACAUGAUGUAAGGUGUGUGGGUUGCUAAUGGAUGGUAGUAAAGUUUGUUUCAGCUAAGAUUAGGGUAGUUAAUUUAUUAGGUUGAUUACCACUACCUUUUAGUUUCUUGUGUACAAUGUUAUUUGUGAACCUAUGCUAUGCUUGAUAUGAAGAGAUAUGACUGUUUGAUUGCCCUGUCUGGUAAUGAGGAUGCUUGAAGUAGUAGACACAUUGACAUUUUUUAUCACUGACAACAAUGGAACCACUCUGAAGAUGAAAGUGAGCUGUUUCCUACUUUCCGUUUGGUAGUGUUCAUCCAAGCAUUGUACAUCAAUUGAGUACCUAUUCAAAUUCAUGAUGAUUUCAAAACUGUUAUAUAAAAUUUGUUGCCAUGAAAAUAGUUCCCUUUCAGAUGACAAUCACCAUUUAAGUGCAGCAGAUGCAUCUUGGUUAAAAGAAACGUCAUUCCAACAUGACUUUGUCAGAACCUAUUGUAGCAGUUAUUCAGUGACAAACCAAAAAGGCUGUGGGGUCCUUGAAGUCUUCUUUAUUUGAAUCUAGGGACAGCCUAAAUAUUGAAAUGUUAACAUUAUAUGCGAUAAGGACCCCUUGACAUUCAUGGUUAAUUCCAAAUACUGUAAAUAAUAUUUUAAAAAAUUCUACUCCUAAUUGCCAUAUGUUUACAUUAUAUAUGAUAAGGACCCCUAAACAUUCAUGGUUAAUUCCAAAUACUGUAAAUAAUAGUUUCAAAAAUUCUACUCCUAAUUGCCAUAUGUUUACAUUAUAUAUGAUAAGGACCCCUUGACAUUCAUGGUUAAUUCCAAAUACUGUAAAUAUUAUUUUUAAAAAUUUUUUACUCCUAAUUGCCAUAUGUUAACAUUAUAUAUGAUAAGGACCCCCUGACAUUCAUGGUUAAUUCCAAAUACUGUAAAUAAUAGUUUCAAAAAUUCUACUGCUAAUUGCCAUAUGUUAACAUUAUAUAUGAUAAGGACCCCGAGACAUUCAUGGUUAAUUCCAAAUACUGUAAAUAUUAUUUUCAAAAAUUCUACUCCUAAUUGCCAUAUGUUAACAUUAUAUAUGAUAAGGAGCCCCUGACAUUCAUGCUUAAUUUCAAACUCUGUAUAUAAUAGUUUUAAAAAUUCUGCUCCCAAUUGCCAGCUAUAUGAGAGGGCUUUGUGUGACCUGCCUUGUUACGUGUUGAUUCCUGUAGAGCAGUGUCGCUGCACACAAAAUCCCCUGCUGUGUUUCCCGUUACUCUGCACUAUUUUUACCAGCGGAGGGUGACGUGGCUGUGGUGUGCACAUCUGUGAUAUAUGCUGUUUAUAGCUGUGUGUUGUGUCCGUGUCACACAGCAUCAGGUACAGCGCCACAGUUAACCCACGUGAUAUUAAGUCUUUAAAUAUUUCACUGAUGUGUUUAUUUCAGAGCACACAGUGAAUAAAUUGCCAAUUCAUGAUUUGACCAAGAAAGUCUAAAUUUUGAUUGAAAUUUCUUUAAUAUUAAAAUCAUUUACCGUAUUCGACGUAAUAAAUUCUGGAAAAAUAUAUCUGUCGUGUAUAACACGCAGACUUUUCUUUUGUAUUAUUUCAGGCUGUCAGCAGAAACCAUAAAAUUUACGAUCUUUCGACUCUU